UGUAGCCGACGAUAUUAUAGUAUUUUGUAUUUUUGUUUUCGCCAAAAACACCGAUUUGGAAAUAAUGUAAAUUUUAAACGCAAACGUUUAUUGACGACAUUAUAAUAUCGGCAUUCGGCGAUCGUGUCAGAGCUGAGUCCGAUUUAACUUGCCAACCACUGCUAGCGUCGGGCUGCGCACGAUGAAGUUCAUGAUCAGCACGUCUCGGCGCUAUGCCGCUAUCAAUUGCAAAUUGUUGAAUUUUGAAAACAACACGUACAAAAACAGUCGAUUUUUCAGGAAUUCAGUAGUUUUGCAGUUACCAAGCAAGGAACCAUUGAAAACUGAUACAAAAUCUACAACAGUUCCACCCUAUAUAAGUGGUAAUAGUGUUGAUAAUGCUAACCAAUGUUUACAAUCCACCGAAAAGAAAAAUGCAUCUUCUAAUAAUACUGUUAAACAUGAUAAUAAAUUAGACAAUAAACAAAAUAUGAAUGAGUCAAAGAUGUUAAAUGAUAAUAACUUCACAAUGCGACUGGUUAAUAAAAUUGAAAAUUGGUCGCCAUCUACAGCAAAGUAUGCAAGACUGAGUGUUUUUGGUUGUAAAUAUCUAUACAAAGAUGUUCUAGUGUUACUGUCAGCGUAUAAAAAAUAUUAUAGUUCUGAUUUGUCAUCCUUAACUUAUGCGGAGUUGGAGUUGAAGUAUAGGUUGCCAUUACAACUGGUUCGUUUGACACCAAUCCUUAUUUUUUGGCCUGUACCAUUUACUAAUUUGUUUUUGUUUCCAUUAGCGUUCAUGUUUCCUAAGUAUUUAUUAUCUGAGCAUUUUUGGACAGAUGAACAACUUAAAAAUUAUUGGAUAAAGGAUCAACAGAACAACUUUGAACAUAACAUAAGAGUUUUUGAGCAUUUGAGUUUAAUGGCUGAAGAAUGUUCAGAUGAUAUGCUGUUAAAAUGGUUUCGUGUGAUUGAAUGUCUGGGAGCAGGCGGAGUAUCUCCUGUGGAAGAUAUUAUUCAAGCCAUCCCAGUUUUUACUAUGUUUCCAUAUCAUUUUAGUACUUUACCUCGUCAACAUAUUAAAGUACUAUUAAAAAUGUAUAACAUACACCGUGGAUGGAGAAGAAGAGUGAGGUUAAAGAACUUAGCACAGUAUAUACAAUUAAUGGAUAAAGCAAUAGAAUCUGAAGGCGGACCAGAUAAAUUAAAUGAUAGGCAAUUAAAAUGGGCAUGUUUAUUUAGAGGUUUAAACCCUUUUUCAUCAUCUAGGGAAACACUUGUCUUAUAUUUAAAAGACUGGAUAAAGAUCUCCUCGAAGAUUGAUAAUGAUUCACUCAGUUGUAUACUCCACUGCCAGGUUUUAUUAGCAUUAAAUCGACCAGAAAAUAACAUUCUAAAAAGGACGGAAUAAUGAAUGGUGCUUAAUUAAAAUAAAAAUAAAUAACCAUUGAAAACGUAGACAGAAUAAGCCAUUGCUAUUACAAUAAUAAUAAAAUCUAGUCUGUACUUUUGUUUUGUAGUACUUAUGUUAAUCGAUAUUUUGUAUGAAAAAAUGAAUAUCCAAUGGUGUUCUUAAUAUUCUGUCUUGGUGAUAUUUUAUUUUGUUACAUUGUAAUUUUGUUAAAUAGAGUUUUUUCAAUUUUA